UUAUGACUUUACGAGUCUUCCUUUGUUGUCGAUUUAGCAACGUUAUUACUUAUUACCACCUACUCCGAUAAAAAUUCGACUUUUGAGUUUUGUUCCAUACGACCUAUCGCGGUCUGUUGUCUGUACUUUGUCAAAAUUUUCGAUAGUUAUCAGUGCGAUAACAGCGAUGGAGCCUGUGCAGGCCACAGCUGGCAGUCGUUCUUUUACAGCUGGGGAGCUUGUGGUAAGCUGUGAUCCCCUGGUGUGGGUCCUGGAGAGUAAUGCGUACAAGACGCGGUGUGCCUAUUGUCUGAAGGAAAAUCGACAGCUACGAACCUGUUCGGGAUGCAAGCUGCACCGCUAUUGUAGCGUGUCUUGCCAGACUGCCGACUGGAAAGUGGAGCAUAAACUGGAAUGCAGCCUGCUGAAGCAGAGCGGGACGGGCAGCUCCAUGGAGACGGACCGCGGACCCUCGGGCAGCAGCACCCAGUACAGCCUGGACGUGCCGCGCGAGCUCAUCCUCAAGUUGAUCAACAAACUCAAGUUGAACACCAUGAUUGAGACUUCUGAACUAGGGCCGAAAUCGGCCAAGGAACUGUGGAACAUGCUGCCGUCUAACCCGAAGUUAUCCAACAUUAACCCGACGGAACAACUGUGUUUGUCGGUGGUGACGGAUCCGCAGCUGGGUUGUUCCGUGGCCGACAUGGUGAAGUAUUACGCCAAUAUCGCGCACAACGCCAUGCCCAUCGUAGACGCGGUGAUCGGGACGGCGCCCAUUGGGAUGGCCGUGUAUCCGCUGGCCUCGCCGCGUCUCAUGACGCCGGUGUGCUGGGAUAUGAAUGUGGUGAUGACCUUCCGGGGACGCCGCUUAUUCGUCCGUGCUGCGGAGGAUAUCAACAACUACACCGGACUGAAAGACCUGCGCUACAAUGAGAUGCAGGAACCGUUCUACCUGUCACGGGCCGGGCGUCGUGCGGAAUUCGAGAAACUCCACGGAUACCCGUGCACGUGCCGCAAAUGCACCCCACAAUACGAAGCCGAGAUCAAUCCCUUUAAAUGCGCUACGGUGGGCUGCACGAACCGGAUUCCCAGCGAUGUCCGCGCUCUGCAGCCCUGUACGGAAUGCGGUGCGGUGAACAAGGAGCGGUUGAAGCGCUAUCACCACUACAUGCAGCAGCACGAAGCGAUUAAGACACGCUUUCCCAACCAGAUCCACAAUCCCUUGGUAGCCGAUCUCUGCAAGGAGCUGGACGCCGCCGACAUCCUCCACCCGGAUGCGCACAUCCGCUAUGUACUGGGCUGGGAAGUGCCGCGAAAACUGUACGAUGCAAAUCGUUUUGAGGAGGGCUGGAAGAUGAUGCAGGAGCUGAUCGUUUGCGCGCGAAAUAUUUAUCCGAAAUACGAAACUUUCCGCGCACUUGUCAUGUCGAUAGCCGGAGCUUCGUCGAUUGACGCUCUCAAAAAACGCGUGGUCGGCCGGGUUGGUCAGCUGUCGGCAGCGGAGAAGAAGCAACUGCAGAUAAUGUCGGAGACAGCGUGCCCCGUUAUCCUUGAUUACUGCCGCGAAUCUGCCAACAUUUUUGAGACGCUGUAUGGGGAGAACUCCAAGGAGGCCCUGGAAGGCCUUGCCCUGGUAGCGCGCACUACCCGCUACGUGCACGAGAUUGAGAGGGCUUUUCGUGGUCGGAAAUAGCGUGAAAGCGUGCAAUUUAAUUUGUUGUCGGUUAGAUGGUUUGUUCUUGUCUUUUGACGUCUGCAUAUUUUGCUGGGUGCUUGCUUGUGCAUGAAAUAAUACAAAAGUUUCUGAGCGGGAAUCUUCAUUAUUUUAUUCGAUUAGGCUUUAAUUGAACUGCUAUAUUUUAUGGGAUGAACAAUUCGUCAUCUACGGCAGA